UCGGCCGGUUGAAUUGUUUUUCCAGCUCUAUCAGUAGGAGUCUGCAAAUUUGGUCUGUCGACUGUUAUCUUCUUGCCAGUCGCUCCCUUUUACUACUAGCAUGCCCUUUUUCGAGCUAAAAUCUCAAAACUUGGAACGAUAUUAGGGUUUAUACCAUCCUGAUUCCCUAAUACUUGUUCUAAUGGAAGCAAUUUCAUGGUCAUCUUCUCACAUUUACCUCAAUAACAGAACCCAUGUCUCUCUUCCUUUCCACUUGUCGUCAACGAAUCCUUCAAUCCUUUCUUUCCAUUAUCGUCACACGACAUUUUCUGCCUUGAAAAUUAGCAGAGGUGAUACCAGCCCCCAGCAGGGUGGGGCUGCUUACUCCGCCGCUGAUUUAUUGAGAAAGCCGGCCGUGGAGGUGAAGGACUAUGACAGAGGGUUUUCGAAAGGGGAAUCUGAAUUCGAAGAUGAUGAGGCAAUGGAAAGAGUGGAAGAAAGCUGGGUGGAUUGGGAGGAUCGAAUUUUGGAGGAUACUGUACCCUUGGUUGGCUUUGUUAGGAUGAUUCUUCAUUCCGGCAAAUAUGAAAGUGGUGAGAGAUUAAGCUCCGAGCAUGAAAACAUCAUUCUACAGAGGUUGUUGGCUCAUCAUCCAGAGAGUGAGAAGAAAAUUGGAUGUGGAAUUGAUUACAUCAUGGUUGGACACCAUCCAGAUUUUGAAAGCUCAAGAUGUCUAUUCAUUGUGCGUAAGAAUGGAGAAAUGGUUGACUUUUCAUAUUGGAAAUGUGUGAAGGCGUUUAUAAAGAAAAAAUAUCCUUUACAAGCAGACAGUUUUAUCAAUCAGCAUUUUCAAAGGCGAAGGCGUCAUGAUUGAAGGACAUAUUCAAAUGGGAUAAGUGUUAAUGAGUCAGAGAUUGGAAGCCAUUUUUUGGUACAUGUUGUACAUGUCGAAAUAACCAUCUUUUGGAUAAAAUAGUAUCUGAUCUAUUGUUGAGUUACACACUAGAUUGAUGUAAUAAAUAGUCUAAGUUAAAUUGUGUGUUAAACUUAUAGAGAAUUUAUCUUUGUUAUGUACUUAAGAGGUAUCAAAUUCUUGAGGAAAUUUGUCAUGAUGUAUUGAUUUUAAAUUUUCUACUCUUCAAAGUAGAAGAAUUCUCAUACA